AUGGCGGCUGUGGGGGAAGCGGGCAUCCACCGGCUGCCUGCACAAGAAGGGCCGCACGCAAGCCGAGUGCUCAUGCAGCGGGAUGGGGAAACAGAAGCCUGUGAACAUACAAUGAUGCAAGGACAACCUGAAGAAAAAGUGACUUAUAAUUAUUUUGUGUAUAUCAAAAUUGACAAAAGGUCUUCUCAAUUGCAAGAGCACCAACAAUAUAAUUCAUGUUUGACCAGUAUCAAAAACGAAAAGGGAUUUAAAGAUUGCUUCUGUUGCCCAGUCCUCUGGAGUUCAUUUCAGUCCAGCUGCUACUUUAUUUCCACUGAACUGAAAAAUUGGACAGAUAGUGAGAAGAUCUGCUCUGCACUAGGGGCUUAUUUGAUGGUGAUCAACACUAAGGAUGAGCAGCAAUUCAUCAUGCAGAAGCUUGAUAGGAAAUUUGCUUACUACUUUGGAUUGUCAGACCCAGAGGGCAAUCGCCAGUGGCAGUGGGUUGAUCAGUCACCAUACAAAAAAAGUGUCUCAUUUUGGCAUUCUGGUGAACCCAAUAAUAAUGAUGAGCACUGUGUUAUCCUAAAUUCUCGUGGAACAAAAGAAGACUCAGCUAGCUGGGGUUGGAAUGAUGCCUUUUGUGAUGUUAUUCAACGGUCCAUUUGUGAAAUGAAAAUGAAGAACUUAUGA